AUUGAGGAGCUGCGGGCAGAGAUGCUGGAGAUGAGGGAUGUGUACAUGGAGGAAGAUGUGUACCAGCUGCAGGAGCUGCGCCAGCAGCUGGACCAGGCCAGCAAGACCUGCCGUAUCUUGCAGUACCGGCUGCGCAAAGCUGAGCGCCGCAGCCUCCGUGCCGCCCAGACCGGUCAGGUGGAUGGCGAGCUUAUCCGGGGUCUGGAGCAGGAUGUCAAGGUCUCUAAGGACAUCUCCAUGCGGCUGCACAAGGAGCUCGAGGUGGUGGAGAAGAAGCGGGCGCGGCUGGAGGAGGAGAAUGAGGCGCUUCGGCAGCAGCUCAUCGAGGCCGAGCUGGCCAAGCAGGUGCUGCAGGCAGAGCUGGAGCGGCCGAGGGAGCAUUCCUUGAAGAAAAGAGGGACCCGCUCACUGGGGAAGACAGACAAGAAACCUUCGAUGCAGGAGGACAGCGCAGACCUGAAGUGCCAGCUGCACUUCGCAAAGGAGGAGUCGGCCCUCAUGUGCAAGAAGCUCACCAAGCUGGCCAAGGAGAACGACAGCAUGAAGGAGGAGCUGCUCAAGUACCGCUCACUCUACGGGGACCUGGACGGUGCGCUGUCCGCCGAGGAACUGGCAGAUGCUCCGCAUUCGCGGGAGACCGAGCUCAAGGUGCACCUGAAGCUGGUGGAGGAGGAGGCCAACCUGCUGAGCCGCCGCAUCGUGGAGCUGGAGGUGGAGAACCGGGGCUUGCGGGCCGAGAUGGACGACAUGAAGGACCACGGCAGCGGCGAGGGGCCCGAGGCACGCCUGGCCUUCUCGGCGCUGGGCGGCGAGUGUGGGGAGAGCCUGGCUGAGCUGCGGCGACACCUGCAGUUCGUAGAGGAGGAGGCAGAGCUGCUGCGGCGCUCCUCUGCCGAGCUGGAGGACCAGAACAAGCUGCUGCUGGCUGAGCUGGCCAAGUUCCGCUCAGAGCACGAGCUGGACGUGGCGCUGUCGGAGGACAGCUGCUCGGUGCUCAGCGAGCCGUCCCAGGAGGAGCUGGCCGCCGCCAAGCUGCAGAUCGGAGAGCUCAGCGGCAAGGUCAAGAAGCUGCAGUACGAGAACCGCGUGCUGCUGUCCAACCUUCAGCGCUACGACCUGGCCUCCUGCCAGAGCACACGGCCCAUGCUGGAGACAGAUGCCGAGGCCGGGGACUCCGCCCAAUGCGUGCCUGCCCCGCUGGGCGAGGCGCACGAGCCCCGUGCCACCCGGCUCUGCAGGGCCAGGGAGGCCGAGGCACUGCCGGCGCUGCGGGAGCAGGCCGCCCUGGUCAGCAAGGCCAUCGACGUGCUGUUGGCCGAUGCCAACGGCUUCUCAGCCGGCCUGCGGCUGUGUCUAGACAAUGAGUGUGCCGACUUCCGGCUACAUGAGGCGCCGGACAACAGCGAGGGCCCCAGGGAUGCCAAGCUCAUCCACGCCAUCCUGGUGCGGCUGAGUGUGCUGCAGCAGGAGCUCAAUGCCUUCACGCGGAAGGCAGGCACGGGCCUCGGGGGCUCUGCCAGGGAGUCGGGGCCCUUUUCCACGCUUCCUCCGCUGGGCCCCCAGGGACCCUCCAAGGAGCUUUUACUGGCCAAAGACCUUGGCUCAGACUUCCAGCCUCCUGACUUCAGGGAUCUGCCGGAAUGGGAGCCCAGGAUCCGUGAAGCCUUCCACACUGGUGACCUGGACUCCAAGCCUGAUGCCAGCCGGAGCUUCCGGCCUUACCGAGCUGAAGACAACGAUUCCUAUGCCUCUGAGAUCAAGGAGCUGCAGCUGGUUCUGGCUGAGGCCCAUGACAGCCUUCGGGGCUUACAAGAGCAGCUCUCCCAGGAGCGGCAACUACGGAAGGAAGAGGCUGAUGCCUUCAGCCAGAAGGUGGUCCAGCUGAAAGAAGACCAACAGAGGGCACUCCUGAGGCGAGAGUUUGAACUGCAGAGUCUGAGCCUCCAGCGGAGGUUGGAGCAGAAAUUCUGGAGCCAGGAGAAGAACAUGCUGGUGCAGGAGUCCCAGCAGUUCAAGCAUAACUUCCUGCUGCUCUUCAUGAAGCUCAGAUGGUUCCUCAAGCGCUGGCGGCAGGGCAAGGUUUUGCCCAGCGAGGGAGAUGACUUCCUUGAGGCCAAGCUGCUCUUUCCAGGCCUCUUUUCAGAGCCGGGGAGCCAGUGCACGCCUCGCAUCGCCAUGGACCCCAUCAAGGGUCCCCAGAGUAGCCAAAAAGUCCCAGGAACCAGGGAUGACACUUAG